GACGGGACAGGUGCCCGCCCAGGGCGGGAGCGCGCCCUCCGCGGCGAGGGGACGGGAGCGCGAGCGCGAGGCCGCGCCCGCGGGCAGGGCCCGCAGCUCGUCCCCCGGGCCGGCGAGGAGGCCGGGAAGGGGCGGUACGGUUGGGAGAGCCCCUUUUCCGUCUUCCCUAAUGCGGGGACUGGAUGGAAUUUGACAGGCUGGGUCAGGGUUGUUGGCUUCCUUCAGAAGCUCCACAUGCGGGCUUCCUCUGGAAUCCCGAGAGUGACCAGGUCGCUGAGGACACGUUGACUAGAUAGCGGCUUGCUGCCUCAGUUUCCUUGUUGUGUAAAAUGGAGGAUAUACAGCCUCUGGGCUCCCUACUGGUCAUCCCACGGGGCCGGGGGCGUUGCGGGACAACGUGAGGUAACACAAGCAUGUGACCCUGUGGAGACAGGCGGUUAUGCUGAGAACGCGGUGGCCCGCGGCCGGCAGACGAAGGUCUUGUAGGUAGGGGUCUUUUCCCCAGUUUUGCCUUCUCACCUCCCUCCCCUCAUCUGAUCAUGGACCAUGCUUUGAACCCGAUGGCCGAUCUGAACUGUUGUCACUGAACUUGGUGGAACAAGGAUCAAGAAAUCACUGGUACCAUUAUCACAAUGUUCUUGUCAGUUACGAGGUCCCCUUGUCUGGUUUCCGCAGAGAAAAUUUGAGCGUCCUGGAACGAGGACGUACUCAACACCGACACUGAAUUUUAGGGGUUGUUGCUGUGUCGGUUGUAAUAUCGCGUCAUCAUAGCUGGCUGACUGACUUUCUUGGCUUGCCAGGGGCUGGUACAUUAUUGAUGAGUUAGUGCUAUGCUUGAAUACUUCUCAAAUUCCGGGACAAGGAUUUGUCGGGAACUCUGAAGGGAAGACUAUUGGGCACGCCCCCAGGGUGUAUUUAUUCAGGAGAUUGAGAGAUCACAUUUCUGUAAAUUCGGCUCAAGGGCGUAACACCCUUCCAUCUUAGUCUAAGGAUCCGUAGAAUCGGAAAGCAGGGGUUCGCAUUUUUGCGCUGGCAGUGACUAUCUUUGUGUCCAAAGAUAAGUCACCCAGACUUGGAACUUUCUUUUUCCUCUCUAAAACGGGAGACGAUGGUAUGUCAGCUGUUGGCUUUUCAAGGAUCAAAUGAGAUCAUGAAUGUGAAAAUGAAAGGGUGGCUAAGUAUGGUAUUGUUACUAAGAAAUUUACACUGGUCCCCUAGCCUGGAUAAGAGAUGUGUGCUUUCAGAGUCAGGUUCUGAGUCAGAACUAGAAAUAGAGCAGCAGAUAAGAUGCAGUCUCCACCCUAGUGGAGCUUAUGUUCCAGAGGGGAAUCAGGCAACAGAGAAUGGGGACAUGAUACUGUUUCAGAGUGAUGUGUACAGUGAAGCGAAGGAAGGCAAGAACAACAGUGGGAGAGCAGGGCAGGUGGUUUCCGAUGCGGUCAGGGGGUACUUUUCAAAGGAGGUGACAGUAAUUGACUGAAGGGAGAGGAAGAGCCUGAUGGAAGAACAUUUCAGGCAGGAAUGAUCAUCUCAGUAAACACUUACAUAGAGCUUACUAAAAGAGGCAGCCUUCUAAACACUAAAUGAAUUUUUUACAACCUUCUGGGAUAUGUACUGAUAUCUCUAUUUUUAUAGAUGAGGAAAUGGACACACAGAUAGGUUAAGAAUUUGCUCAAGAUUGCACAGCUAAAACAUAAAAGGGACAGUAUUUGAAUUUGGGCAACCCGACAGUUGUACAGUCCUGCCUCACAGCUGGGGCACCAACAGAACAGUGCUCUGAGGUGGGAGCAAGCCUGAGGGGGCCAAGGCACAGCCAGGUGAGAGUGUUUAGGACACGGCAGGAAGGGAGAAGGUGGUGGUGGAUGAUGUGACAGGGCCAGACAGACUCUGGGGGCCCUUGUAGGCCAUGGUGGCUUGAAGAUGCUGCUCUAAGUGUGGUAGGAAAAACCUCUGGAAGGUUGGCAUCCAGGGAGUAGCAUGUGCUUUCAGUUUUGUUGGAUGGAGAGUUAGCUGGAGGGCCGUGGAGGGGAAGUAGUGAGUGGGGAGAUGGGAGGCUGUCCCCUGGGGGAGAGGUGCUGGGGUCUUGGGUGGGGGAGGUAGUUGGAGAGAAGAUGGUAACUUUUGAAGCCAGAACUGCUGAUGUGGGCUUACUAGUUGGCGUGUGAGGAAAAGGACGGAGCAGUGACUUCUUCGGUUUUACGCUGGAACAACUGGAUGAAUAGUGGUGCUGUUUAUGGAAAAGGGAGAAAGGGGUUUGGGAAGAAAACCGUGACUUCUGUUUUAGACAAGUUUUCUAUGCUGCAUGGGCACAGCAGCAGCAGCACUGGUGCCGGUAAAGACAGUGAGUGAGCCGCGGCCGCGUGAGCUGUGCACUCUGUGGGGUUUUAAGCAUUUUUACAUAUAUGAAUUCAUUUAACCCUUAAAACAGUUCUCUGUGCUAGGAACCAUUGGGAUCCCCAUUUUACAUGCGAAAGGAGAGGCAUAGAGAGGUUAAAAGUCACCUGCCUAGUGGGGAGGAGAUGGCUCAGUGGUAGAGUGCCUGCUUAGGAUGCACAAGGGCCUGGGUUCAAUCUCCAUCCAGUACCUCCAUUAAAAUAAAUAAAUAAAUAAACCUAAUUACCUCCCUCCCAAAAAAAGGGAAAAAAAAAGUGACGUGCCUACGGUCAUCCAGCUUGAGAGCGAUGGAGUGAGCUGGGAUUCAAACCCAAGCAGUCUGGCUUCAGAGUCUGGGCGGUUGGUCCCAGUAGCUACCCCUAAGUCGACACAUUGAGUAGGCAGUUGGAUGAAUGAAUAUGAAACUCGGGAAUGGUCAGGGCUGAAGACAUGAAGACACACAUUUCUGCUUCUGAAGAGAAAGCCUGCUUUUGGUCCUCAUCUAAGCCUCGACUGGCAAGCCCGGGGCUCUGCUACCUGGCCUUUCAGUACUUGACUCUGUUCAUGUAGCCAAGAGUCAGUACCCCACUUCCGGGAGUCUCCAGAGGGUGAGGUCUGCGGCCCUGGCCCUUCUUUGUCUCUAGUCCCUAAUCCAGAGCCUGCCAUGGAGGGGAGGCGAGGGAUGACUUUGCAGGACACUGGGUUAGGUUUGGGGCCUUCAGAGAUGAAUAAAACAUAGCUGCCUUUCUGGAGGAGCAGAAUACAGGGAAGGACCUGCGGGAAUAAAACUAGAGCAGGCUAAACGCAUCACUGCAGGCUGAUGACUUCAGUCUGGCCUUCUGGCCACCCCCUUGCCCCAGACGCUCAAGGAGUAGGGCAAGAAUGGGUCAAAGGAGACAGAGAAUGAACAAUCCUAGGGUGGAUUUGAGGCUCCUGAAGUGUCCUUUUCAACAAAAGAAUUACUCAGAGUGCGUCGGUUACUAUAUUUGCAUUCGUUUUGUUUGGCAACUGUAUAAUUCUUACCAAAUGAAAUAAAAUUCGAUAUUUGAAUAUCACGGGGGAGUGAUGAGUUUUCCCAGUUCUGUUACAUCAGUGUUGACAAGGCACGCUAGUGAAAUAAGGGAGUUGGCUUGAAAUGUUGCAGCUUGCGUACUAGAGGGUGACGGAGGGGUUGUGUGAAGCAUUUAGGCAGGUUUCCACCGGUUUAAGUGUGUCCUGCCAAAGUUCCACACAUUGGAGUAAGUUUGAGUUUCUCUGCUGAUCGUCCCUUUAACAUUGAGCAAGGUUUUUUGUCAUGGAAAGAGGAUCUGGUGCUAUUUGCCAUAGGUGGAAUUGUAGAUCGCAUCUCUUAUAUGUGGAAUGAGGUGGAAAUGAGAAACUUGAACAAUACAGACAAAAAUAAGGAUUUUUAUUUCUGUCGAUCUCUUUUAGGGCAUACAGUAACCUCCACACAUUUCUCAUGAGUUUGUUUCUUCUUAAUAGAACUAUUUCAGAUUCGAGCCAUUAAAAGAUUAUAUACAUUUACACCAGUGUAGAUUUUAUGAUUGAUUUCAGUUUUUUUCUUACAAUAUAUAAAAUUAUCUUUUGUUUAGCUUUUUGAGCUUUCAGUGGGAGAGUUGACCUGAAUAACCAGAACUCUAUAUAAACAGGAACCCUCCACAAGUACAGAUGUGGAGAUGUGCUGUCUCAUUUUGCAGGUCACAAAAUUUUAGAUCUGCUGUUGUGACAUCCCUAAAUUUAAUGCAAUAGAAGUGAUUAGUUUUUUUUUUUUUAAAUCACAAUGGCGGUUAGCUUAAAGAACAUUACAUGUGGUAGGAAGCAGAACUUUGUCUUAAAUGGCCUGUUGAUGUCUUAGGCUUUGUCAUUGCCUUUUUAAAUUCAAAUAUUAUUUUAUCACUUUCAAAGUUCAGGUUCUGGGAGAGCAGGUUGAUGGUUAUUUAAUUGUAUCAGGUAGCACCCAGCAGAGAGAAGGUAAGCCCUUCUACUUUUUUUUUUUCUUUUUUUUUAAGCCUUUUUCUUUUAAAGGAGCUACUUUAUAAAAUUUUAUUUAUUUAUUUAUUUAGAUAUUAUUUAGUGGCGGUACUGGGGAUUGAACCCAGGACCUCGUGCAUGCUGAGCUUGAGCUCCCACUGAGCUAUACCCACCCCCUCAAGCCCUUCUAUUUGAAGGCAGCAGAAACCACUCAAACACUGAUCAGAUGAAAUAUAGCAUCCUAGAUGUUCCUGCCCUACAGACAGCGUUCUUAAAGCCAGUUCUCCUACUGCAAAACUGCUAGUUUCAAGCUGCACUCUAAGCCGUCAAUCUACAGAGAGAGAAACAUGAGUUCUGGAAGUCAGAGUCCAAAAUGCGUCUUCCUGAGUGUUGGAAGGGCUGAGUUCCUUUCUGGAGGCUUUGGGGAGAAGGUGUGGGUGUUUCGGGGCCAUCUCUGAGGACAGUGCACAGAACACCUGCUCCAGCCGCUCCCUUCCUGGCCUUGUCCCAUGAGGGAAUCGGGAUGAGAGACGUGUGAUCUCUGACUCGUGCCGUGUCCAUGCUGCAUCCUUUGCCUCUUCCUCCUGAGUGCUCUCCCUCCGAGAGCAGCCGUCAGGUGGGAGCAGGCAUCCCACCCAAGUCAGCGCUGCUGGGAGGCCGCCUUCUGACUUGCGCUCAGACUACGCGCCAGGGCGGCCAAGUCCUGGGACUAAUUAAAAGGAUUUAUCGUAUGACUCUGCUGGAGCCUUGGGGGAUAGGCUCCUGACUUUGCUGCCCCCUCUCCCAGCACAUCUCUCUCCCUCUUCGAGAUUUGAUGCCUUCUUGAUUACUGUUUGGACUUCACCCAAACAAAACUGCUGCUCUGACCCAAAAACGUACAGUUGGGAUUAUUUCCUGCACUGAUGUCCUGUCUUGACUUGAGCCAGGGACCCUCCCAGGAGGAGAGAAGCGGCAGCAUCUCCUGGAUUGGAAAGGUGCCAGGAUCAGUGCACAGGUGUCACGGCUCGUCAUCUCUUGCCCUAGACAAUUAGAUUAAGUUUUGUGCCUGGCCUUAGCAGAAGACCAGUUUAUCUGCACUCCUCUUAAAGCCGAUAAUGAAGUACUAAAGAAAGGGAAAAAGCAAUUUCUCAAAUGCAGUGCACUUAUCUGUCAGACUCAGCUGCUUAGACAUGAGAUAAGAUGAAUGCCAUGUCUCAACCAACACUGAAAAUUUGAAGUUCAGAAGACAUUUACUCAGUCAAGUCACUUCACUCAUUUCCGCCAGUUUGCAUUUAAUGGAAGGAGACCAUUGUCUACCCACGUACACGUCUAACUGCUAAUAGGAAGUGAAGUGAUGCAGAUGAGAAAUGGGACCUUUCGCCUGAUCAUAACGCAUUGAAUCCCCACCCUCGUAUGCACUAACACAGCCCCGCUUCUGCGGGACUGUGCCAAGAGCCGGAGUCACGCAGAUGAGAGGGAAGUUAUUAUUCAAGUCAGAUACUUCAGAAUGAAGAAUUCUUUAUCAGUCCCACCAAAAGAUCAAGGAAAAGGUUUUCCGCACCAACUGUCAUCUCCUCAGUCAUCCCAGGUACUUAACUGUUCCAACUGAUACUGAAAUAGAAGCUGUGACUAGAAGGGGCCCGUUUUUAAUUUGUUGAUGGAAGAUUUCUUGCCAUGAGACAUUCAUGCCGCUCACAAGAAGCUCUUCUGUAGGAGAUGUUUCCACGCUCACCAGUCCUGUUGAGAAACAGCUGACUCAGAAGAUGUCGGAAUCCCCUGGAAAGACAGUGUGUACAGGUGAACCAAGCACCCCUUCCGGGACCGUUCAGACUGGGAAAGGUCUGCAGAGUAAGAGUCAGUUUAGAACCAUCGCUCCAAAAAUCAUGCCCAAAGUCCUGCCACCCCGAGUGCUCACGUGCCCGUCGCCAUCCCUCCCUGAUCAGGCGAGUCCAGGCCCCCGCUUCAGCUCGAAGCCCCUGGGGAUGCCCACCCAGAAUUAUGCGCUGAUGCAGGUUGCUGGCCAGGAGGGGACAUUUUCUCUGGUCGCUCUGCCCCACGUUGCCUCUGCUCAGCCCAUCCCGAAGUCCAGACUGCCUCUUCCUGAGAACCUAAAGCUGCCUAUUCCCCGGUACCAACCCCCAAGAAAGAGCCAAGGAGCGAGAAGAAAGCCUAUGCCCAGCUCCUCUGAGAGCAGCUGCAGCAAACCCCCUGCCCAAACCCAAGCGCCCCCCGCCCUGCCUGCCCGUCCUGAGCCCCCGCCCAGGCCCCGUCCACCCGAGCUGGUGCUGCCACCAGACCAAGCCCUGGCAGGUGUGGGCACCGCCGUGCUGACCAACGGGGAUGACCACAGAGACUCCCGGCCUCCAGGGACCAGUGCCCAUGCAGAUCCAAACCCUCCUGCCACCCCAGCAUCGUCUACACCUCAGGGGCCCGCUGCCAAGCUGGACCUCCCAAAGACGUCAGGGAAAGCAAACCAUGCUGGCCAGAAAGCAUCCAGGAAACCUGCCACUGUUCCCAGUGAGAAACUUAAAGGACAGGCCAGUGUUGCCAAACCCGUGACCCAUUUGUCACCAGCUGUAUUUGGCAACACGGUUCAAGUGGUCUCUUCUGUCUCUAGAGGUAAACUGCCCAUCCUCCCUUACUCAAGAAUGAAAGCACCAGAGGUUUACAAGAGUGAAUCGGCCGUUCACACUGUGGAUAUUUCUUUACCUGGGCUCCGGGCAGCCAGUGACAAGACCUUGGGGGUCACAGAAGGCUUCUGUGUGGUGCCACAGGUGGCCGACAAGGUCCCUGUCCCACCGGUGUUGAAGCAGAACCCUGGUGAAAAUGCCUUCAGUCUGGCCACCAAACCCGAUCUCAGCCACAAAACAAAACUGAACGGUGGGGCAGCAAAGAGAAAAGGCAGGAAACGAAAGGUACCAGAUGAGCUUUUGACAUUUCAGGGCAAAAGAAGGAAAUAUGUCUUGAAUAAGUGUAGAGAUGGCAAAGAAAGGGUCCAGGCCGAUCCGCAGGAAGCCAGAGGCCCGACGCCUGGGACUGUGAGAAAGUACCGGAGCAUCAUGCCCAAACCUGCCACCGUCCCACCGGCUCCGGGCCCCCCGGCCUCUCCCGUGGCCCCAGUCCAGCCCCCGCCACCCGGCAGCCCAGCACGGGAUGUGCUGCUGAGUAAUCCUUUCUCCCUGGAACAGCUGGGCUCUAAGCAGGCCGACGGCCCUUCCCCUAAGCCCAGCGCUGCCUUCAGACGCGGGCUCUCCGGCCUUAAGAAGCCUUGGCACCGAUGCCACGUGUGUGAUCACCACUUCCAGUUCAAACGGCACCUCCAGGAGCACAUGAACACACACACCAACAGGCGGCCCUACAGCUGCCGGUUCUGCCGCAAGACGUACAUGCGGCCAGGCAGCCUGAGCGCCCACGUGCGGCUCCGGCACGCGGACAGCCGGCCCCGGAAGCUCAUGUGCUGUGAGCUGUGUGCCAAAGUGUUCGGCCACUUGCGAGUCUACUUUGGCCACCUGAGAGAGGUUCACAGAGUCGUCAUCAGCACCGAGCCCGCCCCCUGCGAACCGCAGCCCGGAGACCAGAGUGCCAGGGAGCCGGAGGGGCCAGUGGACAGGGAGAACAGGCCCGGCCUUGAAGAAGACCUCCUUCUGGACCAGGCCGACGAAGUCAGAUUACAGAUCAGAUGCGGCCGCUGCCAGAUCGCUGCCCCGUCUUUUGCUGAAAUCAAAUUUCACUUACUCCACGUCCACGGAGAGGAGAUUCAGGGCAGGCUGCAGGAGGGGGUCCUCCCCGGAGGCAGAGGCGCUCGGGAUGGACUGCGGAAACACGCUGCUCCUUCCUGGAAACCGCGGUCCGAGAGAAGAAAGAUGUUUAAGCAUCGUCCCUCUGAUGAGGAGCUCCACGCAUUCCCCACGUUGAAAAAGCAGCUCUGCCUCCAUCAGCAGAAUGACGUGGAAAUCCUCACAGGGCACGAAGGAGCCCCGCCAGGACCCUUUGAGCCCAGAGGAGACCCCCAGAGCCCCGAGUGUCCCGGGCCCCCUACUGCCCCCCUCCCAGCCCAGCCGGGCUUUAACUGCAUCCUUUGUGCACAGACGCUGGGAAGGAAGGAGGACCUGCUCCUGCACUGGGAACAGCAGCACAACUGUGAGGACCCUCCCCAGCUCUGGACCAUUUUCCAUGCGCUCUCCAACCGGGGAGUCAUCACACUUUCCAGCGAAACCGAAAAAUGAAACACAGGGGCAAGGAGGAGUUAGGAGAGGCUUGCUCUCAGCUUCCUCUCCGGGCUUUGUGGUGCUUAAUUACAGAAAUCAAACAAGUUAGGAUCAGCAUUAAUGAGCAGGAGUGGUUUUUGAACAUAGUUCUGUUUUGUUAUGAAAUAUAUAUAUAUAUGUCAUUGAUGCAUUUUUCUAACAUAUGCAGGUUUUUUUAAUUUGAUGUACUGUUAUGUUUAUUUCAGAUUCAAUAAAAAGCUAAAUUUGGAGGUUGAAAUAUAGAAGAUGGUAGGCUGUUCCUCAGAUACAGUUUUUAGCAGAAACACGUGUGAGUGUGUGUGCGUGCGUGCGUGCGUGCGUGUGGGCUUUUGUUCACAUGGCUCCUGUUUAAGUAGAUCACCAAAUGUGAUACAUUUCCAGGUGACAGAACCACUCCGUUUUCAAUCCUACUAUAUUGUUGGUCUUUAUCAAAUUCUCUGGUUGAUUUGACCAUGCCAUACAGCAGUGUGUUGGAUAAGGUUCUCAUCUCUCAUAGUUUAAAAUCCAUGUUUUCAGGCCAUAGGUUUUUUAAGUUCUGUUUUCUAAAAUACACAUUCCCUUGAAGAUGAGAUGUCAGUAAAUCAUCCAGCUGUUGUGUUCCAUAUCAAAGUAAUCAAAAAUUUUUUUAGUACUUCAGCUUUUUUGGUAAGAAAUUCUUUUUCAAAUAGUCUUUUGAGCUAGAAAAUUUACAACCUGGGAAGUGAACUAGAUAGUUCAAUCCAGAUGUCCAGGUGUCGCAACCUUCCCUCCCUCCCCAGUAACUUCAGAGGGCUGUGGCUGGCGGAUCGGUUUUAGAUGCAAUGGCCCAAGGUUUCAAGCCCAGGUUCUCUUUGAAAGUCAAGAGUAAAUGAUUGCCUCUUAAAUUUCUGGGAAGUUAUCUGGAAUCGAAAAAGUUGCCAUUUGAAGUUUCUGGCCAUCCUGGCUGCAAAAUGUUUUGGAAUAGGGGAAUUUCAGCCCUCAUCCCACUAGAAUUCCAGCCUUUGGUUGAUAGUAUUGUGCAUGUGGCCAGCCCCGUGUGCCUAAGCUUGGCCCAGGCACCUUCAUAACAGUUUUCUGUGUUAAAGGAAGUUACCUGAACAGAGGAAUAACUAAAUUCUACUUGAUAAGCUGGCAGGUCUUCAGUCAUCUCUUUUAGUGUCUUGUUUUAUUUUUAUUUUGUUUUGUUUUGUUUAUUGUAAUACAGUCAGUUUACAGUGUGUCAGUUUCUGGUGUAAAGCAUGUUUCAGUCAUAUACGUAUGUAUAUUCGUUUUCAUAUUCUUUCUCAUUAAAGGUUGCUAAUACCUCAUUAUAAAAGCAGGUGUUCAUCGGCCUGACUUGGCUCAGAUAGCACAGAAAGAGGACACUCAAUCUUUGGCUUUUUGCAAAUAGUUUUAUAAAUUUGAGAAUAAGAGGGUAGGGAUAAAAAAAUCUCUGAAAGAUGUUGCUGUGGUUUAUCGAUGGAUCACCCUCUGCCCAGUUUCAGAGAGACAUCAGUAUCAGACUUCUACAGAGGAGGGGAUAGCUCAGUGGUGGAACGCUUAAUUAGCAUGCAUGAGGUCCUGGGUUCAAUCCCCAGUACCCCCAUUAAAAAAAAUUUUUUUUUAAGAAAUAAAUACCAGACUUCUGCUGUUUGGUAUUUUUAGAACUGGGUGCACAAUGGAACGACUUUGCCAUUGAGCACAGUCCCUAGUUUGUGUUUGGAAGAUCAGUCUUGAAGACACUAAAAAAAAAAAAAGAGAGAUCUACCAAGAAUACUACUUGAAUUCAAACCAUGAAACUUUAUUCCAAGUAUAAAGUAGUUGAUAGACCACCCCGCCUCAGUCUUCAGAUGCUAAGCAAGGAUUUCCGAAAUGCUGGUCAGGAUGCCCAGGGGCCGAGGAGUGGGUCCGGAGUACCGAUGGAGGCAUAGGUUUGAGGACAGUGUGUCCACCCAGCACGUAAAGGGGUGUCUGCAGUUCCCAGGCUUGUGGAGACACCUGUGGCCGGUGUUUAAUCCUGUAUUCUUGCAGCGAGGGCGAGGCAGUGAGGGCGAGACAGUGAGGGUGAGACAGCGAGGGCAGAGAUGGCCUCUGGAAAGAAACGGAGGGUUAGGAAUGGGACCAAGAGCAAAGGGAGGGAGACGUGAUUGGCUUGGCAUUGAGCGCCCUGGCUGGGGCCCCUUUCUCAUCAGCGCCACCUGUGAUGAGGCGUUUCUUGCCCUGAAUGGUGGCACUUGUACAGUGAGAUGGUGGCAGGAGGGACCCCAACUGGGGAGGGAGGAAAAUGAGGGAAAAUUCAGCUAAAGGACUGGGAACAGCUCACAGGGAUGAGCCAAGGGAUCUUGAGUGAUAAGCCUUCCUUGGGUGUAGACGUGUUCUUGGCUCCCAACCUGCAUAGGUAACCGAAAGGCAGUGAUGUGCAGAAGACAGUACCAUGAUGCUUACUGCAUGUGACCAGGAGAGAGUGACUGUCCUAAGCUCCAUUCCCCCGUCGGUAAGACGAGAGUGAUGACUCCACCUCAAGGCAUUUUUUCUGAAGAGUCAAUGACACACACAUAAAACGCGUGGCACACUCGGGCCACGGAGGAACUAGUGGUGGUGGUUAUUAUGCUUUUGACCCAACUUGGAAGAAGAGGUACAUUAUGUCAUAAAAAUAUCAUUUAAAACAGCUCAGGUCGGCCUCAAGUCCAGAAUUCAAGGAUGAAAAAUUCUGCAGCAAACCGCAGAAAGUGGCAUCUCUGCAUAAAAAGUACAUUUUAAUUUUGAAAUAAACUGGGAUCGGUAUUACAUGGCGGUUUGGUAAGUUGCUAUGUAAUCAAUAUAGGAAGCGAAAUUGAUGAAAUUGUUUCCCUUUCAGGCUCCACUUUGGGCCACAAAUUCUCCCCUGCAGCUGUCCUGCUUUGCCUCCCCUGGGCCUGACCCAGCUGCUGUCACCCAGGGUCCCGACCUUGACAGUGGACUUGUCUGCUUCCCACUCUAGACCAUCAGCCUCUGGAGGGUAGGGGCCGUGUCUUUGCUUAGCAGGUAGCCCUGGUGGGUCUAGGACCUGCCGAGGAAGCGUGCACAAUAUCUGUUGAUAAAAUGGACACAUUCGCUGAAGACAGACAAAAGUGCCACUUCCCCUUCUGUGAAUAAACCCAGCUGCAGCUGCAACCACACUUACAGCCGGGAAGGCACGGAGGGAACUGUGGUCUUCAGUGCAGCACAUUCAUUUUGCUUAAUGUCUUUUGCUUCUUAGAAAGUUGUCCCAGAGCCAGCAAAGCGGGAUUUUUUUUUCCCCUUUUCUUUUGGCUCUAAAUUACUUCUGAAAGUUACAGCCUUUUCGAUUUGUAUUUUUUAUUAGCUGUCAUUUUUAUUCACGUCCCCUUUUGUUUCUCCUUCCCUGGACCUCUUUCUGGUCAAGCUUGACUGUUCCUCCGUUAAGCUGUUCCUCACAUGGAAAGUUGUCCCUGCGUCAGCACGCCGUAAAUAAUCAAGCCGGGGAACGGGCACUCGCCGCCUCCGGCUCCAAGCCCCUCCUGCCUCCCAGCUGCCCGGCUCCAGUCUUUCUGCGGCCUCAGUGACAUGCUUGUUGGCAAUACACGCUCAGUUUCAUUUAUUUAUUGGAAUUCUCAGAUCUGGACUGGUCUCUUGCAUUCAAGCCGCCGACAUCCUUUGUUUGGUACAGAUUUUAUAGAGUCUCCCCUUUUCACUGAGCUCUGAGACAAAGCGCCCUGGUAAAGGUGAACUUGGACUUAACAGAUUUUUAGCUUCAGCUUUAUUCUGACACCCCUGACAUUAGACAAUUGGCAGCUUAUCUCGGGUUAGGGGUGUAAUUCAGUAUAUAUUUUAACUAUCUCCACCUUUUCAGGAAUGUUCCUUUUGGAGGUGAAAUGUUUAUUGUAUCCCAUAUUUGGCUGUGGUCAUGGUUCUCCCGCAUAAUGAAACUGUAACCGCAGUUUGGCGAGCUUCAUUUAAACUUGUAUUUAGGAUGCAGACUUGAGGUCAGUCGUACAUCACAUCUUCCAGUCUCUGAAGUGUGAGGAUGUUUCAGUGUGUUGCUUUAACCCUCCAAGAAAAUCCGCUGUCUAUUGAAGAAAACCAAAUGUGACAACAGGAAGAGAAGUAAAGUUUACUUGUUCUAAUUUUGAUGUGAAGCUGAACAGGUUUGGGUUCUUAUUUUUUUCAAUGAAACUUCCUCCCAUGUUCAGAAUUGCCCCCCUCGCCGUGGUUAGCUUAGCCGUGAAGGAUCCACCUCUCAUAGGUGGCAGUGCCGCUUUCAGUAUGUUACAGAAUCGCAAGCAGUUAGCAUUAUACUAGAUCACCAGCCACUAAAAAAUGAAAGAUUUUACCUUCCGUCAUUAAGUAUGAAUUUCACCUCCAACUAAGAUUUGUGAGGAAACCGACCAGUAGGUGUUCUAAGGGCAUUCACAGAAAUGGCAGUGAACUCGAUCAGAGCAUUGCCUGAGUUGUCAUGCAUAUCUCACCACAAAAAUGUGGCCACAGAGGAGAUCCAGGUGUCUCAAACCUGAGCCGCAGGGCCCUCCCAAAGCUCUGGCUAUUUCCGGAAGUAAUCUCUAAGACAAUGCUCUUAGGAAAUUAACACACUGCCUUUUCCUGGUCUCAUCCAAAUUAAAGCACAGUGAAAUUUUUCACAAGACAUUCAUUGAAUCAAGCCUUUUUGACAAUCGUUACAACUAAGGAAAGUUAAAAUAUCCAAGAAGAACUAAGUCUGUCGAAUGGUGUUCUUGACGUAAAGAAUGGGGGAGGGAGAACGAACGGGAGGGAGGAAGUUUGUCAAGAUGCGGCAUGAGGGACUUAGAUGACAAAAGGAAAGGCCCCUGGGGCUCUGUAAGCUUAGUGGGGAGCCUGGAUGCAGGGUCCAGGCAGCAAAAUGAUAUAUUUUGGUACCACCUCAAUGAAGCAAACAAAAUUUGACAAUGUCUAUCAAAAUCUUUUUCAAAUGCUGUCCUUUUUGACCCAGGAGCUCCACUUGUAGGAGUCUGUACUACUCAUGUUCCACCAUGAGUACACAGACAGGCGUGAGGAUGUUCACUGCAGCAUUGUUUAUAAUAAGCAAAGACUGGACACAACUUAUGCAUCCAUCAGAGCUGGUUUUACAAAACUCACAGUGUGCCAUAUGGUGGACCAUCGUGCUGCAGGUGAAAAGAUAGACGUAGCCCUUCAUGUGCUGAGAUAUGUAUUGUGUGUGGGAAGCAAGGUGCAGACCAUGUGCAGUGUGUUCUCAUUGGCUUUUGUUUGUUUUUUUGAUGGAGAUGCUGGGGACUGAACCCAGGACCUCGUGUGUGCUAAGCAUGUGCUCUGCCACUGAGCUGUUUCCCUCCCCCUCAUUUGCUUUUAAAAACAGAAGUAAGGGCUGGAGAGAAGGGGCGGGUGUGUACCAGUACAUGCAGAGAAACACAAGGCGGCUUCAGGAAAGGGGUUCCCUGGAGUUAGAAGAGGGGACACUUACUUUUGCAUUAUUGGAAUGUUUUGCUGCAUUUUUUUUUUCAAUUGAAAAAAGACUCUACUGGAUUGAGCAGUAGCUGGGCUGCAUCAUUCGGGAAGGCGUCAGCAAAGUUGUGAAGGAGGGAAAGCAUCCUACUCCUCAGCUUGGGGCCCUCGUGCACUUCCUCACCUGAGCCCCUGCUGCCUGACGGUGCCACACCCCGGCCCACAGGUACCUGCAAACAAGACCAAAGUUUGAUUUUAUAAAAACAAUAGUGUAUGUAAUAAUGCACUUUGUAUCUUGAAUGUUCUGUUGUAAUUUCUCUUUUUUUUUAAUUGAAGUAGUGUUGUGUUAGUUUCUGGUGUACAACAUAGUGAUUCAGUUAUACAUGUAUGUAUUCUUUUCCAUCAUAGGUUAUUACAAGGUAUUGAAUAUAGUUCCUUCUGCUGUACGGUAGGUCCUUGUUGUUUGUCAUUUUUAUAUACAGUAGUUUGUAUCUGCUAAUCCCAAACUCCUAAUUUAUCCCUCCCCCUCCUUUCCGUUUUGAUAAUCAUAAAUUUGUUUUCUAUGUGAGUUUAUUUCUGUUUUGGAAAGAAGUUCAUUUGUAUCAUUUUUUGGUAAUUUCUUUCAUUCUGGCGACCUUUGCACUAAAGUGAUCUCAUGACCCACCAAUGAGCAAAUACAAUCUGAAAUAUGCUGCUACAGAUUUGAGGCUUGCUGCCCCUCCCUGUCCCAUGGUGGCCUUCCUGGGGCGUCUGUCACCCAGGCCCUGGGCCCUGCUGUCAGAGGUCUGAUAAAUGACUCUCAUUUCUCCCCAGAUUUGCAUUUUAUAGAUCUCCUGAAGGGUGGCUUCAAGCUGAAGGGAUGACUAAUGCUGGGAUGUUC